AUGGCGCAGAGCCCCGCAGCUGCAGCGGGCCAGCCGGGGGCAGUCCUGGAGGACGACGACGGGCUCCUCGAUUGGAACGUCUCGCCCGAGUAUCUGCAGCAGUUGCAGGAAAAGUACAGGCAUGAGAAUUUUCCGCUCUUCAUGGAUGAGCUGCCGAGCAAUUUGGAAGACAACCCGCACCUCGUUGCGCUCCAGCAGCUCGCCUACGAGGGCGAAACGGCCAAGAGCGUCGCGGAGAAACUCAAGCAGGAGGGCAACAACUGGCUGACCAUCGGCGCGCGAAACGAAGAGGAAAAACUCGAACAGGAAGAGCGCGAAAAGGCCGCGGGGAAGCGAGACGAACAGAAGAGGAACAAAAAGAGAUACAACGCCAAAAUGGCGCUGGAGUGCUACUCAGCCGGCCUCGACCAGCAGUGCGGCGACAAGCCGCUCGAGGCCGUGCUGCUCUCGAACCGCGCACAGUGCCACUUGGUUCUCGGCGAGCUUGUCUCUUGCGUGAACGACUGCCGAGCGGCUCUGCGUCUUGACCCGGACAACGUCAAAGCCUACUACCGGGCGGCGCGCGCUUCACUACUGCUCGAGCUGUAUAGACAGAGCGUGGCGUUUGCUGUCGCAGGGCUCCAGCGCGACCCCGAGAACGCUCAGCUGAAGCAGGUCAAAGCGGAGGCCCAGGAGCUCUGGGAGAAGCGCCAGGGCAAGAAGGACAGUCAUCGACAGAAGGAACUCAGCGACGCUAAGAAAACACCGUCCGUGUCAGACGUCCUUCACACGCGCGGCAUCUCUGUGGUCGCGCCAGUUUACUCCAUCGCGCCCAUCGUCUCUCACUGCUCGGGGCCGUACGUUAAGCGCGACGAGAAGGGCUUCCCGCGUCUGUUUUUCACCGUGGCGCUGCUGCUGGACGAGGUCAUGGUCAGCGAGACGAUCGUGGACUUUGACGAAUGUAACUGCCUCGGCGAUUACUUGAGUCACAUGUUUCCUUUGUCUUCGAAGCGACAGGAGGGAGACCCUGACUCCCCGUCGUGGGACGUGGAGAAAAAAUACACGGUAGACCGCCUGUGCGCCUACUACGAGUGCGGGAUGCCUGGCGACCUGCUCUUUGACGUGCCGCUUGACAUGCCGCUGAUCGUCAUGCUUCAAAUCGUCAAACGCAUUGCAGGGAUCCCCGUCUUUCACAUCCUGGUAAGAAGCCAUUUGUUUCUGUGGCCUUGCUCCUCACGUGAGCUUGCCGCUGACAGCGAACGAGGCGGGCGCAGCGCGUGA